AUGGUGGAGGCGGCUGGUGUCAGGAACGUGGAGUGGGACCUCAAGUGGAUCCUCAGGCCAUGGGGCCUUCCCAAGCCCCUCCAGCGUUUUGGAGCAGAUCACUGUAUAGUUCUCUCUCUCAAAGGAGCUGAUGGUGGUGGAUCAUCAUCCGGAAAUGGGCCUGGGGUUGCCCCUGCUGCCCCUGCAGGGGCCUCUCGCUCCUCCUCCCGGAACUUAGGAUCUUCUGGCGGUGAGAAGGAAGAAGGCAAAAAGGUCCGGCGACAGUGGGAGUCGUGGAGUACCGAGGACAAGAACACUUUCUUUGAGGGGCUGUACGAGCAUGGGAAAGACUUUGAAGCAAUCCAGAACAACAUAGCUCUCAAGUAUAAGAAGAAGGGCAAGCCCGCCAGCAUGGUGAAGAACAAAGAGCAAGUGAGGCACUUCUACUACCGCACGUGGCACAAGAUCACCAAGUACAUCGACUUUGACAAUGUGUUCUCUCGAGGGCUGAAGAAGUCAUCUCAGGAGCUGUAUGGUCUGAUCUGCUACGGCGAACUGCGCAAGAAGAUUGGGGGCUGUAUGGAUGACAAGAAUGCCACGAAGUUGAAUGAGCUCAUUCAGGUUGGGGCCACCACAGUGCGUUACAAAGGAAGAAACCUGCGAAUCAAAGCGCCCAUGUGCCGAGCCCUGAAGAAGCUCUGUGACCCAGACGGCCUGAGUGAUGAAGAGGACCAGAAGCCAGUGCGUCUGCCCCUGAGAGUCCCCGUAGAGCUACAGCCAAGGAACAAUCACGCCUGGGCCCGAGUACAGAGCCUCUCCCAGAACCCCAGGCUCAGGAUGAUCGUGGAGCUCCAUCGGAAGGUCUCCAGCCUCAUUGAAUUUUUGAAGCAGAAGUGGGAGCUCCAUGAAGUGCGAAUUCGAAAGACACUCGCGGAGCGGCAGCUGCAGGAUUCGUUUGUGGAGCCGUCACAGGAGAAAGUAAUGCUGCACCUGUUCCCUGGGGAGAACUGUACGCUGACCCCACUUCCAGGAGUGGCCCGUGUGGUGCACUCUAAGGCCUUCUGCACGGUGCACUGGCAGGAGGGUGGCCGGUGCAAACAGAGCUCCAAAGAUGCCCACACACUGCCUCCAGCUCAGAUCCUGGGCAUCCAGAGCGGGCAGGGUACAGCCAGGGGCCAAGUGAAGUGCCCAAGGAGCAGCACCGAAGGCAAGGGCGGGGGGCGGCCUCCUCCCUCCAUGGACACUUCUCAGAGCUCUGGAGAGAGUUCCCCUGAAAGUGCCCUUGGGGAGGGGGCUGCCCCAAGCCUCAGCAGCCCGAACGCUCCCGACAGGCUUCCCCCUGGGCUCCAGGAUGCUGGGGUACAGACCCCUACGGCAGCUCCUGUAGAGGUUGGGGAUGGCCCAGCCCAAGAGCCCAGGGCCACGACUUGUGCCUGUGGCCAGCUCCCAGAGCUGGAGGACGAUCUCUCUCUCCUAGACCCCUUCCCCCGCUACAUGAAGUCCUGCCAGGACCUCAUCCUCCCUGAGCCGUGCCACUGUGCAGACUCUCGGCUCUCGGCCUGUGUCUCCCCAGAGACUCAAGCCCCCAGCAGCGCAGAGGUGGCCAACCUUGCCCAGACCAGGGCACCGUCUCCUGCCCGUGGCCUAUCUGGCCUGGAGCCUCAGCCCAGCCCAGGGCUCCAGCCAGAUGUUUGCACUAAAGACUCAGCAGAUGCUCCUGCGGAGGAGCCCCAGGAGAAGGCGAGCCCCUCGGACCCCCCGCCACCUCAGGGACAGCCUUCUGCCAAGCCUCCAAAAGAUGUCCCUGCCAGCCGGCUGGCCCAGCAGCUCCGCGAAGAGGGCUGGAACCUGCAGACCUCCGAGAGCCUGACACUGGCCGAAGUCUACCUCAUGAUGGGAAAGCCAAGCAAGCUGCAGCUGGAGUAUGACUGGCUGGCCGAGCUGGGCCCCGAGGGCCAGGCCCCUGGUGGCUCCCCACCCGCCGCCUCUCACAAGCAGCGCCUCCUCAGCUGCCUCCUGAAGCUCAUCUCCACUGAGGUCAACCCCAGACUGGCUCCAGAAUCCAACGCCAGCUCCAUGGCCUCAGCGAGACCCGCCCAGGAGGAACAGUCGACGACCCCCCCAGGGAAGGUGGUGAACAUCAGCUCCCGGAGCCCCCGCUGCCCUCGGAACCAGUCUGCCCUUCGCAACAAGACCUUCUCUCCCAGCUCUGCGCCUUGUCCCUCCUCAGGUUUGAGAAACCCUCCAAGACCCCUCUUGGUGGCUGGUUCCUCUAGUACAGGAAGCAGUGACUCAGAUGGUGGCCUUUUUGCUGUCCCAACAACUUUGCCACCCAACAGCCGACACGGGAAGCUCUUCUCUCCUAAUAAAGAGACAGAAUUGACUUUCCUUCAGCAUCUGAACUCCAUCAGCAUGCAGUCGGAUUUCUUCUUGCCAAAGCCCCGGAAGUUGCAGAACCGGCACCUACGGAAGCCGCUGGUGGUCCAGAGAACCCUGCUUCCUCGACCUUCUGAAAACCAGUCCCACAACGUCUGCUCCUUCUCUAUCAUGUCAAACUCCUCCAUAACCGGUAGAGGCUCAUUCCGGCCCAUCCAGUCUUCCCUCACCAAAGCGGCUCUGUCUCGGCCGAUCAUGCCCAAGGUCCUUCCGCCCCAGGCCCCGGGCCACCUGGCCAGUGCUGUCGACUUAGCAGCUACAAGUGCUGGCAUCAUCCCCGGGAGCCCCCUCCCUGUCUUGGAUGCUGAGGGUUUGUCUGGCAUCUCUCCACUGUCUUCAGAUGAGGCAACAGCUACCCUUCCGGGUCAGGACUCCGCUGGCACCCUCCAGAAUGGCGACCCCAUCCCCACUGUGGGGGGUACAAGCGAUCCAUUCAUCAGCAUCCCCGCGAGGCCUGAGCAGGAGCCAGUGACGGAAGGUUUCCAGGGAUCACCUGUCCUCUCCUUAACUGAGCUAUCUAAGGCUCCUCUGCACAAUGGGCUUUCCACCCCACUGCCCUUGGCAGAGGGCUCCAGCACUCGGCUCUCUCCACCUAACGUUUCUGCUCUGCUGGACAUCUCUCUCCCCGGGCCACCUGAGGACGUGCUCUCGCAGGGAGAGCCUGCCACUCAGAUCAGCGACUCCAUCAUUGAAAUCGCCAUCAGCUCUGGCCAGUACGGUGAAGGAGUCCCUCUUUCUCCAGCAAAACUAAAUGGCAGUGACAGUUCCAAGAGUCUUCCUUCCCCAUCCAGCAGCCCCCAACCAGACUGGAUUGCCUCCCCCACCCAUGACCCCCAGUGGUGCCCCAGCGACCCCACGGACUCGUCCCUCGGCAGCUUGUUUGCGAGCUUCAUCUCGGAGAAAGGCCGAAAGAUGCUGCCGACUCCAGUGGGGACCCACAGUGGCACCUCCCUGCUGGGCCCCAGCCUGCUAGAUGGAAAUUCGAGAGACUCGUUUGUGUCCAGAUCCCUGGCUGAUGUGGCAGAGGUCGUGGAUUCCCAGCUGGUGUGCAUGAUGAAUGAAAACAGCGUUGAUUACAUAUCUCGAUUCAACGACUUGGCCCAGGAGCUGUCCAUCGCCGAGCCCAGCCGCCGAGAGGUUCUGUUUGAUGGCAGUGGAAGUGGCCCCCCUGUCAGUGACCUAUCCCAGUGAACAUACAGCGUACUCGUGGUGGGGGCAUCCUGGAGGCUUCAGAGGAGGGC